AUGGAUAUAACUCCGACGUCUCUGCAGCGAGACACUGAACUCUACCUUGACACACUGAUUACAUUCCAGGUCAAUGAUACUAUUUUCAAAGUUCCCCCCAAGUACAUUCACGAGAAUUCUGAAGUGUUUGGUGCCGGGUCACAAAUAUCUGCUGAAAGCGGUGAAGGAUCGUCGGAUGCGCAUCCCGUGAAGCUUUCACCUUUGCCUCACGAUUGUACUGCAGACGACUUCAGAUGUCUGCUCAAAAUUAUCAUGGCGUUGACCGUGGGCUUACCCAUACCCACGAACUAUGGGUUGGAUAAGUGGCUUUCGGUACUCAAGCUCUCCACUGCCUGGUACUUCUCUGAUGUACGCACGCUGGCUAUGGAGCAAGUAUCGCGAUCGAAAACCAACUAUACCAAAGAUCAGUGGAUCACAGUACUGGACUUUGCCCAUAAUAAUUCUGUCCAAUUCACCGAUCUUCGCGAUCUUGCUAUUACACGUGUAUCUGGAUUCCGUUUUGAUUCUAAGGUGGAUCAAGUCCUCCUAGGUCGCAAGUAUCUCCACAAACCAUGGAUAAUAGAGGGGUUCAGAGAGCUGGCCAAUGUGUAUGAGCUACCCUCAUUGGCGGAGCUCAGAACGUUAGGGAAAGAUACCCUAAAUACACUCCUCUACAUGGCUUUCAAUAGAGCGCGGAACGAGGGGAGAGGGUACAGUUACAACUACGACUACCGGGGGCCAUAUAGUGAUCACGAAGUCGAGGAGCACUUCCACGACGAGAUCGCGGCACUUUUUCCAGCUCCGGUGGUUUGACAGCCUACAUGGUAAUCCCUCUCCCGAGUACUGUAAAUGUUAAUAUAGCUGCAUUUUGAA